UUUUUUAAUGGGAUAUUAUUUUUCAUACUGAGCAAAAGUUACUGACCCCAUUCCAGAAAGCCAGGCAAUAUUGCCAUUUUAAUCUCCUGUCUCUGCUAGUUUGCUUGGCACCCUCUGUGUGGUAACUUAUCCCGUGUUACCUUUUAGAUGUGUGCACAGAACGCAUAGUAGCAGACCUGGAUGUAUUUUUAUUUGAAAUUUUCUUUCAUUUUUGGUUUUUAACCUUUUGCGUACGUGGUGGUCAUCGCACGUGGAAGCGGUGCAACGUGCCCCGUGAGAAAGGAGGCAGAGUGGUUUCAGGGUACCUUGUGAAGAUUGAUGCCCAUUAUCUUCUCUAUCUUUGUCUUGCUACUUGUUCAGGUGAAAAUGGCGCAGCUUCAGCAAGUAGGGGGUCCAGAUGAAAAAGAGAAAACUACUGCAUUGAAAGAUCUACUCUCCAGAAUAGACCUGGAUGAACUCAUGAAAAAAGACGAGCCACCUCUCGAGUUUCCUGACACUUUGGAGGGUUUUGAAUAUGCCUUCAAUGACUUGGGCCAGCUAAGACAUAUUAAAACAGGAGAGCCUUUUGUAUUUAACUAUCGAGAAGACUUACACAGAUGGAACCAAAAGCGGUAUGAAGCACUGGGAGAGAUUAUCACCAAUCAUGUUUAUGAGUUAUUGGAGAAGGAAUGCAACCUAGAGAAAGUUUACUUGCCUGUUGAUGCUUCUGAGACUGAACCAAAAAGUUUCAUUUUUAUGAGUAAAGAUGCAAUGACCAAUCCAGACAAGCUGUUAGUAUUGAUUCAUGGCAGUGGAGUGGUGAGAGCAGGACAAUGGGCUAGAAGACUUAUUAUAAACGAGGACCUGGACAGUGGUACACAAAUCCCUUUCAUCAAACGGGCUAUGAAGGAAAACUGUGGCGUGAUUGUGCUGAAUCCCAAUGAAAACUACAUUGAAGUGGAAAAGAGCAAACCGCUAUCCCAACAGCCGUCUCCAGAUAGCUCCGAUGAGCCCGCAGAAAAGAGGGAGAGAAGAGAGAGGAUUUCAAAGGACACCAAGAAAAGGAAGGAAUAUGAGAAAUACCGGAACCCUCAGAAAGAAAAGGAAACUCUGCAGCUGUACAUCAGAGAUAAUGGAAGUCCAGAAGAACAUGCCUUAUACGUAUGGGACAACUUCAUUUCAAAGGCACAAGCUGAGAAUGUGUUUUUUGUGGCUCACAGUUACGGGGGACUUGCAUUUGUGGAGCUGAUAAUUCAGCGUGAAGCAGAAGUGAAAAGCAAGGUCGCUGCUGUAGCGCUGACCGACUCUGUUCAUAAUGUAUGGCAUCAGGAAGCCAAUAAGACGGUCCGAGAGUGGAUGCGAGAGAACUGCUGCAACUGGGUGUCCAGCUCAGAACCUUUAGACACUUCGGUGGAAUCUAUGUUGCCGGACUGUCCACGCGUAUCUGCAGGCACAGAGCGCCAUGAGCUGACAUCUUGGAAGAGUUUCAACUCCAUCUUCAGGUUUUUCUCUGAAGCCUUGGAAGCUAAAAAUACAAAAAACAAAUCAGCACCUUCCACGACCAGGCGCUCUAACAGAAUAAAAAGUGAAGACUUGUAAAAAAAAAGAAAAACAAA